GUCUCACCACCUUAUGAACAUAUUAUGAUCACGGUGAACGGCGACGUGCCCUGGUACCAGCCAGUGAGCUACAAACUUAUUUCACGGAGUGGUAACGAGGAACAAUUCAAGGAAAUGGUUAGAAACUGCCGUCUUGACGCUCUUGCUGAUCUGAACCAGGGCUCGCCUGGAGUGAGAAAGAAAUUGGUAGCGUUUCUGGACAGACUGAUUGAUUAUGGAGUCGCAGGCUUUCGAUUUGACGCUUCGAAGCACAUGUGGCCAGAGGAUUUGAGGGCAAUUCUGACCGCCACGAAAAACUUGAGAGCAGACAUAUUUGGUCCAAAUGAACGACCCUUUGUCGUUCAUGAAGUUACCGACAGAGGAACCUUCGAGAUCGUAACGAUAGAUCAAUACGUCACACUUGGCAGUUGGCUCGCCAACAUGGGCUCCGGUUACGGAUACGGCAAUUUCGAAGAUCACGAUGUAUUGAAUUUCAUCAAUAACCAUGAUAGCCAGAGAGAUGAUGACAGGUGGAGAGAAGCGAUUUCAGCGAUUCCAGCAGUUGACAAUGGCGAAGAGGCGUACACACAUUCAGCGUUCGAGUACAAU